AUGUUUAUCCACCUCUCUACUGCGUUCGUUGUUCUCCUCGGCCUGACGGCCCUUGUCAACGCUGGAGUGCCAGCUGCUCGCCAUGCUGCUCCCAUUGACAAGCGUGGCAUUAUCAUGACCCGAGCCAAUUAUUUAGUACCUGCGCCCGAAAAGUCUCCAGAACCGGACCCAGGCAAGAAGCCAGUAGUAGUAACUGGGCGUGAGGAGUCUCCAGAACCGGACCCAGGCAAAAAGCCAGUCCACUAG